AUGGAGCGGAGAGAACGUACUCGCUCUUUGCGUACUCGGCUCUGGCGUUCCCGAUCUUCUCCUUGUCCGUGUGGGCAGUUUUCAGCAGCGGUUUUUGGACCACAAGCUUUGGGAGACUCCGUGGUUUACCGAGGGCGCAGCACCCAGCGCGGGCAUCCUGACCGCACCAGUGUGAAGAGCGACGCUGCCCAGCCCCGGUGCGUAACAAACGCGGUCUUGGCGCCCGCACCACCGCGUUUUGGCUGCAGGCCCAGGAUUUCAUCCGAUGUAGGCGUGAAGCUCCUAAAACAGAAAAUCCUACUUCAAGGCGCGCCUGAGGAAAUGAGGUUUUUAGAAAGCGUUCGCUUCGGCACAGCGCGGCGGCUGGCUUUAGAGAUGCUCUUCUUGGUUGCAGGGCCCUCCCCACCGGGGAAGUCACCAAUGGACUGUGGACACUUAGCUGAGGGCAGCGAGGAGAUCUCCAGCCCGGGCGUGGAGCCCGAUCCCCUGCUGCCUUCUGCGGCCGGCAGCAAUUCCUGCCCGCCCUCGGCGGUGGGACAGCGGGCCGGGGCACCUCCUGGCAGACCCGCCGCCGCUAACGCCGCUCGAGAGCGCAGUCGGGUUCAAACCCUGCGCCAUGCCUUCCUCGAGCUGCAGAAGACUCUCCCCUCUGUGCCGCCCGACACCAAGCUCUCCAAGCUGGACGUGCUCCUCCUGGCCACCACCUAUAUCGCACACCUCACUCGCAGCCUUCAGGAUGAGGAAGAGUCACCGGGAGAGGCCUUGGGUACCCUCCGAGGGGAUGGAUACCUCCACCCUGUCAAGAAGUGGCCGAUGCGUUCCAGGUUAUACAUUGGAGCUACAGGACAGUUUUUGACUCACUCGGCACAAGGAGAAAGCGCAAACCAAGGAGAAACAUCAACAACUUCACAAAUCUGA